AUGUCCAUGAAGUACCUCGCCGCAUACGCUCUUGCUUCGCUGAACAAACCAACGCCAGGCGCCGCCGAUGUGGAGGCCAUCUGCAAGGCCUGCGGUAUCGAAGUUGAGAGCGACGCACUCUCGUUUGUCAUGGAAUCCAUUGCCGGCCGGAGCGUUGCCACUCUCGUGGCGGAGGGCGCGGCGAAGAUGAGCGCUGUUGCCGUCUCCGCUGCUCCUGCUGCCGGUGGUGCAGCCGCUCCUGCUGCUGCUGCUGGCGGUGCCGCCGCCCCUGCCGCCGCUGACGCCAAGAAGGAAGAAGAGGAGGAGGACGAUGACAUGGGCUUUGGUCUGUUUGACUAA